AUGAGUUUCCUCAAGGCUGGAGCUACCGCUACUGAAGCUGUUGAAGCAGCCAUCAGAUGUCUGGAGGACAAGGAAAUCGCAAACGCCGGGUUUGGAAGCAACCUGAACAUCGAUGGCGUGGUCGAGUGCGAUGCAACCAUUGUCGAUCAUUUGGGUAGAAGCGGCGCCUGUGGCGCUGUCCCAGGAGUCAAAAACCCCAUCUCCCUCGCCAAAAAGGUUCUGGACACGAGCACCCAGCCGUUGUCCCUCGGGCGAGUUCCGCCGAAUCUCCUCGUGGGUCAAGGAGCGAGGGAAUUCGCCGAUGCGCACGGAAUCAAGACCACUCGAAACGAGUCCCUGGUCUCAAAGAAUGCAAUGAGCCGCUAUCUUCGCUGGAACGAGGAGUUGAAGAAGGCCGAGGCGCAAAGGAAGGCACGCAAAUCAUUUUUCGGUGACUACUCCAGUGGGCAAAGGACACCGAGGAAGGGCGAUUAUGAAAACGUCGCAAACCGGGCUGGCAUCGCGGCACUUCGAGACCACACGAGUGCCAUCCUUAUGGGUACCUGGAACGAAGGCCAGCCUGACUCGCCCGAUUCUGGCGGCUCCGCUUUGGGCGAGCACGGAUCGCCCGCAGUCGCAGCCGCUCCAGCCUCAUCUCACACGUCGACACCGAAGCAGUCAGUAGAGUGCACAAACGUGAGAUCCGAAUCGCCAUAUCUCAUGACGGCCCCGCCUCCGUCUGCUUCUGGCCACGAUGGGCCGGGAAGUAGUGACACUGCAGAGGUGGAUAUGGCGGACGAUUUCGAUCCCUAUGGGGCUGAAACUGACGAGGACAUGGUGACGGACACAGUUGGCGCGAUCGCAAUCGACUUGCAGGGAAAUAUCGCAGCUGGAUCGUCGUCCGGAGGCAUCGGAAUGAAACACAGGGGUCGCACGGGACCUGCCGCCCUGGUAGGUGUCGGUACCGCCGUUGUGCCCGAGGACCCUGAUGACGACCUGGCCACUUCCGUGGCUGCGGUCACCAGUGGCACCGGCGAGCACAUAGCGACGUGCUCCGCCUCUGGGAAGUGCGCCGAGCGCCUCUUUCAGGGGAGCCGCCGUGGGCCCGGCGGACGGGACAUUCAGGAGGAGGAUGAACACGCCAUCCUAGAAUCCUUCAUCGUCGACGACUUUCUAGGCCAUCCCGGGGUCAGAAACCAGCACACGGCUGGGGCCAUCGGGGUCAUGGCUGUCAAAAAGGACCGUACCGGAGCCUACUUCUACUUUGCUCACAACACGGACUCGUUUGCGUUGGCUUCCAUGUCCUCAACGGAACGGGAGCCGCUCUGCGUCAUGUCGCGUCUUGGUAGGACCCGGCAGGUGGCACAAGGCGGGCGGAAAGUUCGCCUGCGGUGA